AUGCUAAAUGAAGAUGAUCCAUGUCCAAAAUGUGAAGAAGACUGGGAGCAUCACAGAGGAAAGUGUUACUAUUUCUCCACCCAUAAAUUGACCUGGGAAAAGAGCAGAAAUAAAUGCAGAGAUAAAGGAGGAGACCUUGUGAAGAUAGACGGCCGGAACGAACAAAGUUUCCUGGAGAGAAGACUGAGAGAAGUAAUGAUUGACGACGCAGACAAGUUCUGGAUCGGCCUGACAGACUCAGAAGAAGAAGGCCAAUGGUUGUGGGUAGACGGCUCACCGCUGGAUGAAAGUUUUUGGGGUCACUACCAACCAGACAACUGGAUAUGGGAAGAUCUUAAAGGAGAGGACUGUGUGAGGAUGGGGGAGAAAGAUGGAGCUCCUGACCUGAACUGUUGGUUCGAUAAAUCCUGCCAAGUUCCUCACAGAAGUAUUUGUGAGAAACCAGAAAAAAAUCACCAGAAUGUAUCAGAAUGUGUCUAAAAUUUAGUUCCGGUCAUUAAACAAUCACAGUAGGGUCAUUCCACCUUAAUUCACCGAAUGCCCCAUGCCUAACCACCUUCAAUUUAACAGAUUUUUUAAGAAAUGGUGAAUAUUGAUGGGGUUAACCAUGUAUAAAAUCUGAGGUAAUAGUUAACAUUAGUUUAUGAGUUAAACAUUCUUAAAUAGAAUUGGUUUCAUGUUGACUUUUGCGUUGUUUUUCUCCUUGCCAAUCUGUGGAGUAAUGCUUGAAGUGCCAUAACUUGAAAACUUUUGUAGAUUUAUUAAUAUGUACAGUUGAAACCAGAAGUUUACACACAAUGUAUAAGACACAUGAGACUAAACGUUUCCUGUUGUAGUCUUCCUGAUAUCUUGGAAGAAGUCCGUUUGAGGUGUGCCCUAAAAUACAUCCACAGGUGUGCCUCCAAUUAACUCAAAUGUUGGCAAUUAACCUAUCAAAAGCUUUCAAAGCCAAUGACAUCAUCAUCUGGGACUUCCCAGAUGGUUUGAAGGCAAAGUAAUCUUUAUGUCUAUAAACUUCCUGCUUUGAAGAAAGUGAUAAAAAAAAGAUCUCUCAUCAUUCUAGCAUUUAGCAAAUAGAAAUAAUUUUGGUAAUCCUAACUGACCUAAAACAGGAUGGAUGGAUGGAUGGAUGGAGCUAAUUUGGUCAAAAACCUCGAAUGUUUCUGUCUUCUCCAAUAUUCCACCAUCAAUAACUGUUAUAAAUCGUCUUUCGCCUCGAGGCUGUUUUGUUUCCUGCAAGUGGCACCAAUAAGAGGUUUAAAAAUGUAUAGUAUGGUACCAGUCAGAGGCAGAUACUUUAUGAGAAAAAAAAUAUUGAAAUGAUGCGUUUUGUAUUUAUGGCCAAUAUCAGGACAAUCAUUGAGCAGGUAUGUUGGUGAAACCUCUCCAACUGGAACUGGAAGAGUUAUAUAGUGUUUUUAAGGGGGGUGAGGCUGCUUUUAGAGUGCUUUCACCAUCAUAGCUGCUCAAUGCAUGUUCAAAUAUUGUCCAUAAAUACAGAAAAGGUAUGUCUCUGACUGGUACCAUUCUCUACAUUUUUGAAGCUCCUAUGGGUGUCAAUCACUCGACAAAAAAAAUCUAUCUCUUAGGGUGAAAAACAAAGGGUUAUGGUUGGUGGAACAUUGGAGUAGACAUGGACAUUUUUUAACUAAAUGUACACCAUCAUAUAUCUAGUUUGUAUUGUUCUAUAAAAGCAGGACUGCACCAUUGAAGAACACAUGCACAUAUCAACGAGCCUACAAAAUUUCAGGACUCUACCGGCAUUAUAGCUCAAGUUAUGGCACUUCAAACGCUGAUCAACAGAUCUACGCCAAGAAAACAAUGCAAACAUCCACAAGAUCCCACCUUCUUUAGGAAUGUUUAAAAGUUACGACAUGUGUGACCAAAAAAAUUUAAUACGUUUUACUUAAUAACAUACAUAUGUACCAAAAAAAAAUUGGUGAAUAGAGGUUGAAUGACCCAGUCCAGCUUAUGGAUGCUGUUAAUGUAAAGCUACUACUGCAAAUAUUUAAAGACUCAUUCCCAACCCUGUCUGUUCAGACCCAGGUCACCCUCAGUGCUUCAGUAGGAGGAAACUUUACUUCUUUCUGUGUCUUAAAAACAUUUCAAAUCUCAUCUACGAGGCUUCAAAAAUGCUGGAAAAAGUAAAGUGUAUUUAAAUGCAAAAUUUCGAUCCAUCCUUAUGCACUUGAAGCACAUGUAACAGAUGUUACAGCUGUAUAUGAACCUUGACAGUUCACAUAAAAAUAAAUCAACUGAUGAAUGCAUAAUAAAAAUAAUUUAAACUCAGUUGUUUUGAACAUAUU